AUGUCAAUUAGCUUAGUGAUAAAUGCCAACCAAUAUACAAAUACGAAGGAAGUAUUUGAACGGACGCUAACAUCACCUGUCAAAUUAAAUCAAUGCUUGGAAGCCAUCAAGACAUAUGCAUUUGUGGCUUCCGAAUAUCCUCUCAUCCUCACUCUCGAAGAUCACCUUACUCCUCUUCUUCAAGCCAAAGUUGCGAAGAUGGUGAUUGAAACAUUCGGAGAUGUCCUAUAUUACUCAGGAUCCGACACUAUAACAGAAUAUCCAUCCCCGGAAUCCUUAAAAAAACGGAUCAUAGUCUCAACAAAACCACCAAAGGAGUAUCUCGACAAGACCAAUAGCAUGGAAAAAAAUGAUGAAGAGAGCUCAGUCAAGAUGAAAACCUCACCUGAAGAUGAUCCAUGGGGUGUAGAAAUAUGCAACCCUAUCGAAAAACACAAAUCCUUAAAUGAGGAUCAACUUGACGAAAAUUUUCAAUACGAAGAGGAGAGUGUAAAACAGAAUACAGAGCUUGAGUACAAGCAACUAAUCGCAAUCCAAGCAAGAAAACUUAAAGGUGGAGUCCAAGAUUGGCUACAUGAUGAUCCUACAGCAGUUAUGCGGAUUAGCCUGAGAGAAACACGUCUUGAAAAGGCCAUUGAGAAUCAUGCAACAGAUGUCAUUAGGUUUACUCAGAGGAACUUGUUGAGGGUGUUUCCAAAAGGAUCGCGAGUUGACUCAUCAAACUACAAUCCAUUGGUUGGUUGGUGUCAUGGAGCUCAAAUGGUUGCAUUCAACAUGCAGACCCAUGGAAGGUUUCUGUGGUUAAUGCAAGGAAUGUUCAGAGCCAAUGGAGGUUGUGGGUACGUGAAAAAACCAGAUUUAUUGCUUAAAAAUGGCCCCGAUGACAACGUUUUCGAUCCUAAAAUUCCACUUCCUGUGAAGAAAACUCUCAAGGUGAAAGUCUAUAUGGGUGAUGGGUGGCAUUUAGAUUUCAAAAGAACACAUUUUGACAUAUAUUCGCCUCCAGAUUUCUAUGUCAAGGUUGGAAUUGCAGGAGUUGAAACUGAUUCGAAAAUGAAGAAAACCAAAAUCAUUCAAGAUGAUUGGACACCAAAAUGGGACGAAGAAUUUCAGUUCCCAUUAACAGUUCCUGAGCUUGCAUUACUUCGUAUCGAGGUGCAUGAAUACGACAAGACUGAAAAGGAUGAUUUCGGUGGUCAAACUUGUCUUCCGGUGUUUGAAUUAAGAACAGGGAUUCGAGCUGUACCCCUUCAUGAUCACAAGGGUGAUAAAUACAACUCGGUGAAACUACUUAUGCGUUUUGAGUUUGUAUAACUUGUAAUAAUCUUUCUUUCUUUUUAUUAUACGGGUAAAUUAAUGUGUGCUUUUUUGGAUGUUUGACGAAUGAAAUAAGUAGAUUCUACAUGGAACUAUUAACAUAAGCGGCAAUAUGUUCCAAAAAUUGAUGAAUGAAAUCAAUAGAUUCAUGGGUACUUGACUUAUAUAUGUUCAAAACUCAUUACAUAAUUUACUCAUUCUUCCCAACAGCUUGCAACAAAAUAAGGACCUUAAGGAAGAAAUAAGAAGCACCUCCAAUGGUGGCAUACUGUAAUUUCUCCGGCCCCUCAACUUCCGGGAAAUCUCCUUCAACAGCACGAUUGAAUCCCCCAGCCAACCAUCCCAAAUUCGUAUACCCGUUUUUAUAUAGCUUUGAUGUAGCCAUCAUUGACCUUAAACCUUCUCCACAAGCAACGAGAACCUUAGUGGUCUUAUCAGGAACCAUCUUCUCCACUUGAUCAACGAAAUCGGGAUUCAUCGUUGUGAAAUUCUGACCAGUCCAUAAACCAAUGUAACCAAAGUGAACCCAUUUCUUCAGCAGUGUUAGUGGGCUGUUAUCCAUGUCUUGGAUAAACAGUGGAACGUGAAUUCCUCCUGACACACGUGCCUUUUCUAUCUCCCAUUUUGGCCUGAUGUCCAGGAGCUUGUAUCCGUCGUUGUUGAUGGCUGCGGAGGCGUCUUUUGGGAGGAUUGCCACCACGGUGCCGGACUGUAUUAGUUUUAGUGGGUUGUCGGAGACUGCAUGGACCUUGACGGUGGUUGUGCGGUGGUGGGGAUAGGUGGAGAUAGGUAGUUGUUUCAAAGGGAAUGUGUGAGAACGGAUUACCUGGAUUUCCAUCUAUCUUCUUUUUUUCUCUCUCCUUAUCAUAGACUAACGGUCCUAAGAGCAACCUCGAUGGGUGUUUUCCCGGGUUCAAUAAUCGGCAACCUCCGGGCCUAUCUAGACUUUUU